AUGCUUUUAGAAUUAAGAUUAGAAUAAUAAAAGAAAAUAACAUAAUAAUAACUAACCUCAGCUUUUUAUACAUUUGAAAAUUUGGUUAAAUAAGCUUAAAGUUUAAAAUUACCAAAAAAAUAUUUAAAUGUUAAAGAUUAUUUAAAAGAAAAAUCAAAAAAAAUUAAGAUUUUAAAAUCAAAUCAAGUUUAGGAGAAAAACCUAUUCAAGAGAUUUGUUUCUCAAAUUGUGUUUAGAAAUAUCAUGUUAUUUUUAACUUCAUAAGAUAUCAAGUAGUUAAGAUUGACAUGUUUCUUCACAAAUUAUUUAAUAGAAACUAAUUUAGAAUUUUUAUAUUAUCGUAAAAUAUAAAGGGCUAAUUAUUUAGAAUAAUUAAAUAUAAGCGAUUUUGAAUUACCUUAAAUUCCACAAUUAAGAAACAUUCCAAAAUUAUUAAAAAAAUUAUUAAAAGAAUUAUAAGGAAAAGUGGUUUCUAAUGGAAAAAUGACUAAAAUUCCUGAAGAACUAUUAUCUUAUUUAACUUUAAUUCUUGAUCUUCAUUAGAAUGAAACAAGUAAAUGUAAUUUAGAUUAAAAAAAAAGUUAUUCAUCAAAAUCUGAUAUCAUAAUAAAAGCUAUAAAAUUUAUAUCAUCUAAAUCCUUAAAUUGGUAUGGAUUAUGUGAAAAAGAUAAAAGAAUUUUAAAGAGCUUUAAAUCUAAAAAGUAUGAAAAAAAUGAACUCAUUUUAGGGUAAGAAUUCAAUGAUUUAAAACAAUAUAUUCUAAAUCUUUUAAGUUUUACUUCACGUUUAGAUUAUUAAAUAAUUUGUGAUGCUUUUAAUAAAGAUUAAUUAAUUAAAAAAAAUCAAAUUUAGUUGAAAUUUUUAGAAAAUAUGAUAAAAUAAAUGAAAGCAAAAUAGAACUAACUAAGUAAAAUUUCAGAAUUAGGAAAUUUGUUUUUUAAAACAAUAUUAUCAUAUUGUUCUCUUGAAGACAUUAUAAAAAGCAGAUUAGUAUGUGAUAAAUUUAAUCAAGAAUUUAAAAAAAAUGCCAGCUAUCAUUAUUAAAUUUCAUAUUCUAGAAUAAAAACUAAUUUUGAUCUGUGUAUGACUGAAGAUAUAUUUUUAUAAAAGCCUAAAGGAUAAAUUAGUUUGAUGGAAUUUUUUUACUGUAUAUAAAAAAAUGUUGACUUAAAUAGUAAUAUAGAUACUAAAGAUCUCUUAUAAAUAAAUUGUUCAAAAAUAGCUCAAUUCCUUUUUAAAUCUAAAACUUUUAAUGACCUUUAUUUCACCUGUCUAGAUUUCUUAAUAGAAAGAUUAGGAAUGGAUAUUUUCCUUCGAAACUAUUAUGAAAAUUUUCUCAAGAGUUUGGAAAAAGUAUAAAAUUGCUUAUCAGAUUAUUAUAUUCAAAUACCUCAUUUUCAGAAGUAAUUACUAUAUUUAGAGAAUAAUUGCCAUAAAGAAGAAAUUUGA